AGCAGAGCCGCACGUCUCAGUUCGGCCGCAGCUCGCUCGUCCUCCGCCCAGCGCCAGCGGACCUCCUUCCUCCACACACCCCAGCAAUGCUGCGACUGACCGCUCGACGCGUGGCCGCUCCGCGCGCGUGCAACGCACUGCAGCCAGCAGCAGCAGCAGCGCGCUGGAGCAGCUCGUCUAUCCCGUCCAGCCAGCACGUGCUGCACGGCGUCUACAAGCAGCGCGCGGACGGCGGCGACGUCACGUACGACCCGGUGCAGGUGCGCGCCGUGCACCACCUGGACGCGCUGUACGACGAGCUCGUGAGCUACGGAGGCCCCAAGCCGCGGCCGGCGGCCAGCGCGAGCUCCGGCUCGUGGUGGCAGAAGCUCACGGGCAAGGAGGACAAGCCCCAGCAGCCGGCGGUGGCCGACGCGCCCAAGGGCCUGUACCUCUACGGCGGCGUGGGCUGCGGCAAGACGUUCGUGAUGGACAUGUUCUUCGACAACGUGCCCGUGGAGCGCAAGCUGCGCGUGCACUUCCACGAGUUCAUGCUGGACAUCCACAAGCAGAUGCACGAGCUGCGGCGCCAGGGCUUCCACGAGGACCCGAUCCCGCACAUCGCCGACAAGCUGCUGGAGGACAGCUGGCUGCUGUGCUUCGACGAGUUCCAGGUCACGGACGUGGCGGACGCGCUCAUCCUGAGAAGGCUCUUCUCGGCGCUGCUGGCGAGAGGCUUCGUUAUGGUCGCCACGUCCAACAGAGCGCCCUGCGAUCUGUACAAGAACGGACUGCAGAGAGAGCUCUUCGUGCCGUUUAUCGACCUGCUGGGAGAGCGGUGCAAUGUCGUGUCGCUCGAGGACUCGACCACGGACUACCGCGUGCUGAAGGGCGCUGUGCACGCUGACAAUGUGUACGAGUACCCUAUUACUCCGGACACGCGUGCUGCGUUCGACUAUGAAUUUAUGAAGUACUGCCAAGGAGAGGAGACGGUGGAGACGUACGUGACGACGCAAGGACGCCAGGUGCACGUGCCAGAGGCUGCCGUGGAGGCCGGCUGCUGCCGCUUCUCGUUCCGUGACUUGUGCGAUAAACCGCUGGGAGCAGCGGACUACCUGGCCAUUGCCGAAGCCUUCUCCGUCGUGUUCGUGAGCGACAUUCCCAUGCUCAACGCUGAGCGACUCAAUCAGAUGCGGCGAUUCAUCACAUUCGUCGACUGCAUGUACGACAAGGGAGUGCGGGUAAGUUUUUCUUGGAUUUGA